AUGAAAGCCGAGGAGGUCGAUAGAAACCCUUCCUUCGUGUUGCGAGCAGUGAAGGACGUUGCAUUCGAAGAACGACCAAUUCCAAAGCUACGCGAUCCUCAUGAUGUCCGCGUUCAGAUCCAGCAAACGGGCAUCUGUGGCUCAGAUGUACAUUAUUGGCAGAGAGGCCGGAUAGGAGACUUCGUCCUCACAAGACCAAUCGUUCUAGGCCAUGAAUCAUCUGGCACCAUCGUCGAAACCGGAUCCGCCGCAAAGAACGUCAAAGUCGGCGACAGAGUAGCCAUCGAACCCGGCGUCCCCUGCAGACACUGCGACCACUGCCGCAGCGGCGCCUACAACCUCUGCGCCGACACAAUCUUCGCAGCAACACCGCCAUGGGACGGAACACUAUCCAAGUACUACAUCGUCGCGAGCGACUACGUCUACCCGAUUCCAGACCACAUGACCAUGGAAGAAGGAGCGUUGGUCGAGCCAACUGCGGUGGGUGUACAAAUCACUAAAGUCGCGGAUCUCAGAGCUGGGCAGACGGUGUUGGUGAUGGGAUGCGGGCCUAUCGGUGUGAUGUGUCAGGCGAUUGCCAAAGCAUAUGGGGCGAAGAAGGUCAUUGGUGUCGAUAUUGUUCAGUCAAGGCUGGACUUUGCAAAGACCUUUGGAGCGGAUGAAGUCUUCCUACCGCCCAAGGCAGAACAAGGCAUCGAUCCUGUGGAGCACUCUGAAAAGGUCGCGGAGCAGAUCAAGAAGCAGUUUGGGCUUGGUGAGGGCGCGGAUGUGGUUCUCGAAUGCACAGGAGCCGAGCCCGUGAUUCAAAUGGGCGUCUUUGCCGCUAGAAAGGGCGGCACCUAUGUCCAGGCUGGAAUGGGCAAGGAGAACGUCGUCUUCCCCAUCACUACGGCGUGUAUCAGGGCCCUUACGAUCAAAGGCAGUAUCAGGUAUACGACUGGUUGCUACCCGCAAGCCGUCGAACUGGUGGCUUCGGGCAAGAUUGAUGUGAAGCGGCUUGUUACGAACCGCUUCGAGUUCGAGAAAGCUGAGGACGCUUUUGAACUUGUGAAGGCUAGCAAGCCGGAUGUGUUCAAGGUCAUGAUAGCAGGCGUCCAGUCGUAG